GGGAAUUGAAUCGGUUUGAAUGUACAUACAGUAUCUCUUAUGUAUGAUGCUUCACUGCCAGGCCAGCUGGUACAGCUAAUAUACCAAAAAGUGCAAUAAAAGACAAAGACUCGAAGUUGUGCAUCGGGCGUUGAAUCAAGUCGCCGCAAUGCACAAGCUGUGAGGCUACAAGUUCCCUAACAACUCCUGACCACCUCAGCCUUGCCGAUUACAGCCACACCCGAGUUGGGUGCACACCUCUCCGAUCCAUGAAGAUGAAUUACAACUCAAGAGCUCUAUGGAGCAGAUAUCGUCAUGUCAGUGACUACAUCUCAUGUUCCAAAAGCCCCAAAACGAUACAAUGGAGGCGGAUGACCAAUCAUACGUCGAAAUAUACCCGGUCAUGUCAGCCUCCUCAACGCGCUCUUCAAGCGAACACAUAUCUUCCAGCGUCAGCGCGGUAUCUAGCAACAUCAUCAACAGCUACAGCAACGUUAACGUCGACUCAAUCACAGCAGGAUCUACCUGCCGUGUACAAGCCUCCCACCACCGGCAUCAUCUCACGGCUGCCUUCUUCAUGGAUCCCCUACGCUGAGCUAAUCCGCCUGGAUAAACCUGCCGGCACAUACUAUUUGUUCUUCCCAUGCAUGUUCUCGACACUACUAGCCGCGCCAAUGGCAGUACCAAUGGCGACACCGCUCGAAGUGGUAUCUACAACAACUCUAUUCUUCGCCGGCGCCCUGAUCAUGCGCGGAGCCGGCUGCACUAUUAACGACCUAUGGGACCGCAACCUAGAUCCUUUCGUUGAACGGACACGUCUACGACCGAUUGCCCGGAAAGCCGUAUCUGUCCAGAAUGCAGUGAUUUAUCUGGGCGCCCAGUUGGUUGCCGGGUUGGCUAUUUUACUACAAUUUCCCCUGCCAUGUUUAUACUAUGGCGUGCCCAGUCUGCUGCUGGUCACCACAUACCCUCUGGCGAAACGAGUGACGCACUAUCCGCAGUUCGUCCUCGGGUUGACUUUCUCCUGGGGUGCCAUCAUGGGUUUUCCCGCACUAGGAAUAGAUCUCUUGUCCGACCCUUCGGCACUGGCGGCCGCUACCGCGCUGUAUUCCAGCUGCGUGGCUUGGACGCUGGUGUACGAUAUGAUAUAUGCGUACAUGGACAUCAAGGACGACGCCAAAGUAGGCAUCAAAUCCAUCGCGCAAGCACACGAGCACAACGCAAAGACUGCGCUCUCCGUCUUUUCGGCGGUCCAGGUAGGGCUGCUCGCGACGGCAGGAUAUUUCGCUGGUGCCGGUCCCAUCUUCUUCGUUGGGAGUUGCGGGGGCGCGGUAUUGACGUUGGGCACCAUGAUCCGGCGGGUGAACCUCAAAGACGUCAAGGAUUGUUGGUGGUGGUUCAGGAACGGCGCCUGGCUGACUGGAGGAACCAUCUCUCUCGGCCUGCUGGGUGACUAUCUCUACCGUCGUUCUAACAAGGACGAAUAGCAGGUCUGACCCCCUGUGUACCAUUAUAAUACGCAUCCGCGGCGCUCUCCAAGGGAUGUAGAACUGAACGGCAAUCGCUGGACCAUUUGUUCUCUUUCAGGUUGUGUUUUGUGCAGGAGUCCGAAGCUCCAAAUAACUCUCAAUAUAUUCAACAAUCAAUUUCCAAUCCAUCAUAGCACCAUCACCUACGUCGCCACAAGCCAGCUCUUUCUCCAUAGGCCUUAGAACCGUGACCCAUCCUUC